GGGAGAUAUGGACAUGGAGAUCAAUCCACCACUGCCGCCUGCGACUCGGCAGCCUGCAGCUGGACUUGCUUUUGUUGGCUUGCUGGUUAACGUCUGCUCAUGCUGUGCCUCUCUCUCUCUCUCUGUCUCUCUCUCUCCUCGAACGUGCUCCUUCUCAACACGUUUGACUUUUUGUCUUGCAUCAAAGAUACACAAAAUACACAAGAGGCCGCAAAACCCGGCGCUGCAGAAACGGCUGUGCAGCGGAUCCCGCUGACGUCGUCGCUCCGCCGGGACCGGGGGGCCUUGAAGCCACCGCCAAGCCAACCGCCUGCGCCUCAAAAAUCCCACAGGGCUUGCUCCUUGCAAUGUCCGCCUGCAAACAACCUUGGAACUCAUCUCACCAACCACGUUUUCUUCUUCCUGCUGACAAACCAGCUGCCGUUCGCUGUUUUCCCCUUUCAUCCAACCUCAUCUGGGCAUCCGAAGUCUGAGCCCACCAUCUGCAGAGUCUCUGCCACAGCAGCCAGAAUUCCUCCGAUAUGCGUACCAUGGUUUCACUGAUCAUGUUGGUCCUCGGCGGGGUUACGAGAAGCCCUCACAUCGCACACACUGCACGUUGAUCGGAGGCGGCUCUUCAUUAACACGGUACAUAUGCCUCUUAUCUAUCCUCCCCUCGACGCCAAGCCUUGUACCUCUUCCUUCCCCGCGCCCACACCUCGUUGUUGAGGAACACGACUUCCAGACUAACAGUACUGUGUACUGUGUACCUUCUGCAAACCGUCCACCUCAAUGACUGCCCAGGUGGUACUGCUUCGAAUCACUCCCAACCCGCAUCGACU